CCGAAUUCAGGAGGCUGUGGGGGAUGUAGGAGAAAUUGGGCCUGGCGAUUCCCGAAGGACCGGGUCCGAGGGUCCCGGAGCCGGGAAACUAUACUCCUAGCGCCGGUGUCUCGGACCGUGGCCACUGGGGAGGGUCUAGGCAGAGUCCUUGAGAGGCGGUACCUGGAGUGAGGGUGGAGGGCACAGGCCGGAAAAGCAGGGUAUGAAUCUGGAAAGGGGUCCCCAGAAAGGGGGAGUUACCGUCUCCCCAAGAGAUUGAAGGGAGAAGGAGUUCGGACUGCGGGUUUGAGGAGUAGGAUCCCAGGGACUCAAAUGCCUGGGGGAAAGGACGAGAAGGAGGCUCCAGGCCUGGGGGGAGGGUCCCAUAGGAGGAUGGGCUGCAGAAUAAGGAGCUCUGGGCCGGCCAGGUAGAGGGGAGACUGGAGCAAGGGAGGCGCGUGUUCAGAGGGGUGCAGACCGGCAAGAUCCCAGCUGGGUGUGGAGGCAGACAGAAGAAAGUGUCAGCUACCUGGACAAAAGAGUCGGCGACCGACGGGGUUUAGGAUGCUUGCUUUCCAACUGAGAGGACUGGAGCCGAGCAGGCAGCGGGCCGUCAAGCCCUGGAGCCAGCCGAUGGGGGUUGGGAGAAAAGCUAGCUAGAGCUUUGCCAGUCCCGAUCCCUGGGGGGAUCUUGAUGCUGUGAAUAGGAGGGUGGGGGCUGGUCUUAGACUCCCGGGGUCCUUAUUGGGGUGGGACAGAGUUUCAAAGUUUCAAGAAUUCUAGUUAAGGAAGGUAGAGUCUCACUUCUUGGUUACAUUGUUUGGCGAGUAUUUAGGGGGUCUCAAACUUUUCUGUCAAAAAGGUGAUGGAUAGAGCUGGUAUUCGGGGAUGUUGAGGUCUCUGGCUGCCAUAGGCUGAAGAUCCCCAGGUGAGCCCCCAUAUCAUGGCAUUGUGUGGUUUAGGGGAAGGGGGAUAUGAGGAUUGCAGGUGAGGAACUGGAAAUCCUUCCGUUUCAUGUUUAGGGGCCUCCUGGUUGGAAUAUCUGGGUUGCCAGUUGGACUUUGGGAGACCACAGGCCCCGCAGGGCGCCCCCCGCCGCUGAGGAUGAGUCACUGCAGCAGCCGCGCCCUGACCCUGUUGAGCAGCGUGUUCGGUGCAUGCGGCCUGCUCCUCGUGGGCAUCGCCGUCAGCACGGACUACUGGCUGUACAUGGAGGAGGGCACCGUGUUGCCGCAGAACCAGACCACCGAGGUCAAGAUGGCGCUGCACGCUGGCCUCUGGCGAGUCUGCUUCUUUGCAGGUCGAGAGAAGGGUCGCUGCGUGGCCUCGGAAUACUUCCUUGAACCAGAGAUCAACUUGGUGACGGAAAACACGGAGAAUAUUUUGAAGACAGUGCGCACGGCCACUCCCUUCCCCAUGGUCAGUCUGUUCCUCGUUUUCACGGCCUUCGUCAUCAGCAACAUCGGUCACAUACGCCCUCAGAGGACCAUCCUAGCCUUCGUUUCUGGCAUCUUCUUCAUCCUGUCAGGCCUCUCCUUGGUGGUGGGCUUGGUCCUUUACAUCUCCAGCAUCAACGACGAGGUCAUGAACAGGCCCAGCAGCUCCGAGCAGUACUUCCAUUACCGCUAUGGGUGGUCUUUUGCCUUCGCGGCUUCCUCUUUCCUGCUCAAAGAGGGGGCCGGCGUGAUGUCGGUGUACCUGUUCACCAAGCGCUACGCGGAGGAGGAGAUGUACCGCCCGCACCCCGCCUUCUACCGUCCGCGUCUCAGCGACUGCUCCGACUACUCGGGCCAGUUUCUGCAACCCGAGGCGUGGCGCCGGGGCCGCAGCCCUUCGGACAUCUCCAGCGACGUCUCUAUCCAGAUGACGCAGAACUACCCUCCCGCCAUCAAGUACCCCGACCACCUGCACAUCUCCACCUCGCCCUGCUGAGGCGCGGCUGCUCGGAGCAUCCCCUCGCCCCUUGCCCUACCCCUCCCCGCGGGCCGCCCUGGACCGCAGCCCCGGCCAGGGGUACUCCGGCCAGAGUAAGCUGCUCCACCUUUAGGCCCCGCCCCGCCACCCUCCCUCUCUUCCAUGGCUCCUCCCACUUUCCCGACCUCUCCCCUUCAUUGGUUCCUUCCACUUGAAAAUGACCCCGCCCUCCGGUCUCCAGCCGCAUAGGCCACGCCCAGACAGUUAGCCCCGCCCCUUCACCCGGUCAGCGAGCCCAGCAUCCCGAGCCCGGCCUGAGCCGCUUCUCUGCAGGGGCGCUGGGCUGGAGAGUGGGUUCGGCAGCCGCCAGGAAUGCCGAUCAUCUUCUCCCCUGCGCCCCGACUCCUCUCCCGACCCGCCCACAGCUCCGGGUCGGCUGGGGCUGGAGGUCGGGACAGGGCUCGCUCGGUCUCUGCCACCCCCUCUCUCUGCGCCUCCGAGCCCCCGUUCUUUCUCACUGGCUGGGCCUUUCCUGCCUCCUGAAGGUGACUUCCUUCUAGGGUUCCAGCCGGUCUUCUAGCUUUCCCAACUGUCCUUGGCCUUUCUUCCUCCCGCCCCCUUUCCUCCCUCCACCUGCACAACCCAAGCCCCUCGGUGCAUCCAGCCCCGCUCUCCGAAAGACACGGGUGGGGACCCUAGGGUGGAGGGACCUUCCCCGCGCCAUCUGCACACCUGUGCCCGCCUCUCCCCCCUCGAGACCCCGUCGGGGGAGGGAGGGGCAGUAGCGGGGGUCGACACCCCCCAAAACCUUUGUCUUCCAUUUUCUGGCACUUCUCAUUGAUGUCCCUCUUCCCAUUUCACACCCCCAACUUUGGCCUCUUUUAAGGGCCCGUCCGCCCCCAUGGACAGAUGGGGGAGAAGGGGAGGACACCAGGAAAUCACCCAACCCCCCUUAUUAGGGGAGGAGGGGCGAGGUAGCACAGUGUUGUACACGGAACCAGAAUGCCCCCCCCCCGGGGUUGGGGGAGGGGCAGGGGAGGGACGGGGGCUUUUAGUUUGCAUCUUGGGGGGAGGGGGGAGGGGGCCGCAGCAGUUAACCUGUCUUUACGCAGCGAUUUUUAAUGAGGCUGGGGGGAGGGGGGCCUGGGAGGUGGGGAAAGGGGUGGGGUGGGGGGCCUGGCUCUGUUAUUUACCGUGUAUCAUAUGUAAAUAUCGACAGAAACUUCAAUAAACUUUAUUUCAAACACGU